AUGGCUGGCUGGGGGGCCUUCUGCAUUUCUCUCCUCAACUACAAGACAGAGAAAUAUGUCAUCGCAGAAAACAAGAGGAUCGGAAUACUAUUCCGACUCUAUCAGCUGGCCGUGCUGGGAUACAUAAUCGGGUGGGUGUUUGUGGUGAAGAAAGGGUACCAGGAGAAAGAGGAGGCCAUACAGACAUCAGUCAUCACCAAACUGAAAGGAGUGACGCUGACCAACAGUACCGACACGGGGCCUUACCUGUGGAGCGCCGAGGACUACGUUAUACCUCCAAAUGGUGAGCAGGUGUUCUUCAUAGUGACAAAUUACAUCGAGACCCCCAAUCAGAGGCUGGGGUUCUGUGCCGAGAGCUUCAAGGUGCCAAAUGGACGAUGCCAGAGUGAUGAUGACUGCAUGGAGGGGGAGAGUGUAGCUGCGGGUCACGGAAUCAAAACGGGCUUGUGUUUAAACAGCACCGGGACCUGUGAGAUCCACGCCUGGUGUCCCGUUGAAAACAGCAAGAGACCCACAGAGCCCCUACUGAGCGAAGCGGAGAACUUCACCAUCUACAUCAAGAACUUCAUCCGCUUCCCAAAGUUUGAGUUCUCAAAGUCCAAUGUUCUUGAAACGUCUGAUGAGGGAUACCUGAAAAGAUGCACCUAUGACAGCCAGGAGCAUCCGUACUGCCCCAUCUUCCACCUCCGAGAUCUGGUCAGCAGGACCGGACACGACUUCCAGGACAUGGCUGCCAAGGGCGGCUCUGUGGGAAUCCUCAUCGAGUGGAACUGCGAUCUGGAUAAAGACUCGUCUCAGUGUAACCCGCACUACAGCUUCACCCGUUUGGACAUGAACUUGAACAACUCCAUCACAUCAGGGUACAACUUCAGGUAUGCCAGAUACUAUAAGGAUCAAAAUGGGGAAACUUACCGCACCUUGUAUAAAGUCUAUGGGAUUCGCUUUGAUAUAAUGAUCAAUGGUCAGGCUGGGAAAUUCAAUAUUGUUCCAACAAUAAUCGCCAUCGGCUCUGGUGUUGCUCUUCUGGGUAUAGGAGCCUUUGCCUGCGACAUGAUUCUCCUGUACAUGAUGAACACCAGCUCCUUCUACCGAGAGAGGAAGUUUGAAAUCAUCAACUUUAAGAAAGAUCGGACCAAACACAAGGAUGGGAAGGCAGGACACCGAGAGCGGAGAUCCAGGAAACCGGCUGCAGAGAAGAACAACUCUGUGAAAAACACGGACGAGACCCAGCUCGCCGUGGAGUCGUCUGCUGCGGAAGAGGGCCAGCUGUCGGUGGAGAAAAGGGGCCCCACCAUUCCACGCAACACGGGACAGCGAUACUCUGCCCUCAUCUCCCAGCCGGGCGCAGAGACGAAGCCGCACAUCACCUUCUCCUCUCACAAUUAGGCUGACGGGCAGAUGGAGACCAAUCUACCUGCGGUGGCCUCGGGAUGGGGAGGUGGGGUGAGGGGGGGCACCUGACGGCGGACCGCUCCUCCUCUGCUCACAGCACUGCUGGCGUGGCCACCAGCAUGAGUGACACACGCCCGGGAUGGAGAUGAGCUGGUCCGGGGACAGUGCAGCAGGGACAGGAGUCUGCUGCCUCAUGGGUCACAGCGGGGAUGUUUGUGGUCCUUUUACAGUACGAAUGGUUUCAGUCCGCAGCAGAACGGCAAAGGAAAUAUUCCAUCAACCAAAACUGGAUGUUGCCUUCUAAACACAAAACAUUUUAUGCAAACCUUUGUUGUAUGUAGACUAUUAUCUAAUUCUCACAGAUUUAUUGAUCAAAUACUUUCCAAACCUAAUUCAAAAGAAGUUGGGAU